UGACACUGUAUUAUGAUUAUGAUUUCAAAUAAUAAACCCGAGGUCGUAUACGUAGUGUGUGAUAAAAGAAUUUUGUGUUUCAUUUACAACGUAAAACCUACUUACGUUUUUCUGUAGAUACGGUAUUUGAGUGUGUUGAUUCGUCUUUUAUUUCUAUUCAAAUGGAAUUAAGUGAAAGGCCUACUUUGUAUUUCACCUCAAUUGAUAGGUGUUAUACGUUUUUACAGAUCUUUGUACAACUAAAAGCUUCUCGAAAGUAGUCUUCUCUGGUUAUGUAUGAAUCCCAUGUGACUGAUCCAUAUAGUCCUCAAGAUUUGUAGUAUAAAUAAAAUCCAAUAUCCCUUCCAGUGUUUCACUAGUACUUACUAACUCAAUCUCUUUCGAUUUAAGGUCCUAUUUCUUCUCAAUACAAACUACAAAACUUUAAACGUAAACUAGUUGAUCAUGAUUUUUAAACAGAUAACAUCCUCUCAAAUGAUCCGUUUUAGUCAGGAGAAAUAAAAACGAUGUCUGAAUGUUAAAAUCAUCAUUUGGUAAGCAGCAAGAUAAUGCUAACUCACAGCCCACAGAAAUAUACCAAAAAUGGACUAAGGUGUUUAAAACUAUUUUUUACAUACUUUUCUUGGUCUUUGGAUCAUUACGUAGUGUAGUUGCUGAUCAGGUUUGUUAUUUAGACCUAAUUAAUCACAAAAUGCAUUGUGGAUCUAGACAGUGGAUAAAACAAGUUUACUAACUUGAGAUACGUUUAACGGUAAACUGUUUAUAUAUGAAAGUUAGAGUUAAAGCAAUCCUUCUCAUGAGAAAUCAUAUUAAUAACUUAAUUUUAGUAUCAAGUAGCGCAAUAUCUAAUGAACUGUUUAAACAUCUCUGCUGGAUUUUCACUGAAAUUAGAUUAAUGAGUUUUCAUAAUUGAGUUCUUACAAAGUCCUUCACUAUAGUAGCCUUGUAAACAAAGUUUCUGAAAAACUGUUUACGACGUGAUUGCUUACACCUAAGAUAUUUCGAAAAUACGUGGACUCUUCUUAAAUUGAUGUAAAAUUGACUUUUAGGUAAUUAACCUGGUUUACUGCAAAACUCUGAAUCGUUGAGCUGUUCUAGGUGUGAUUGUCAGUACUCUCAUCAAAGUGUGCUUCUGAAAGUAUUAUAAACUUGAAAAUUCUGUAAAUUUUAUUUGAUCAGCAUUUGUUGGGAUGAAAGACUUGAUUAAAUUUGUCAGUUUCUAGUAUUUGAAUUUUUUAGUAGAAAAGUGUUUGUAUCCAGUUUCGUGCGUAGGUAAAUAAGUUAUCUUCAGCCUAUGUUCUUUCACACCUGAUAUCUUUGACUUCAAAUGGAAGUGGGACAUUUAUCUGAAGGACAAAUGUAAUCAAGCACAAAAUUCAUUCUAUUGGUGUUUUAAAACUUUAUAUACAAACAUUUUCUCUGCCUUAAAUAUCUCUAAAUUACUGAAAAGUAGCAUGACGUGUUUUUUAUGUGGUUCGCUUUCCUCACAAGUUAUAAGCUAGCUUUCUUGGAUAGUACAAAUAACACAAAAAGGAGCUUAAAGUCAGCAUUAGUAUUUAGUGUAACGAAAGAGUAUGUAGCGUAUAUUCAUUUGAAAACGUCUAGUUUAUUUAGAUUACUUCUAUGCUUUUAGAUCACAACUAGCCCUUAGCAAUAUGUUUGUUCCAUGUAAAAAAUUACAGACUUCAAGCAUUUUAUUUCAACCAACAGAUGAACUUUCAACCACGAAACCUAUCAACAAACACCUAUCAAAGGCACAUUAUGAACAGCUAUUUGCACUGUAGCUAGUUUACUUCAGAUAGUUUGAUUGGUAUUAUGAAUAACUUAAAUAUUGCAAAUUUAUUCUCCCAUUUGAUCAAGCUUUUUUUAAUAUAAAUAUGUAUUUCUACUGAUUGUUAUCCGAAGAGCUGCCACUAUUGAUAUGACGAUUGAAGCUUAUGGGGUAUUUAGAGAUUUUAUUGUUUUACAAUCAGGUGAUAAAAAUUAUAUACUAGUUUUUAUUUGUACUGACCAUUUGAACGAUGAUAAUAAGUUUCAAAAUUUCGUGUUUGUAACAGCUGAUCAACCUGAAAAUCUUAAACAAACUAUAAGCGUUGGUUAUGGAUUCGAUAAAAACACAACAAGUUUAUUUGGAUCUUUGUACAAUUGUACAUAUCAACAAACGUCUACUCUGUGCAUACCUGCUUGUAGCGAAUAUGACAAUUCACGGGCCGGUUUUGUUGGCAAUAGUUUGCUAUGGAGUUUUCAGUCAGACAAAGAGGGAUGGACUAGGAUUUAUGAUUUGAUCAUACGCGGUACUCCAUUCGAUGAAAAACGUAACAUGAAGAAUAAUCUUGAUGAUAUUACAUUGUUUAAGCCAUAUGUCGAUCAUCUAGUUCCUGCGGAAUCUAUGGAAUCAUGUAGUGGAUUAUUAUGGCGUUUGAAUGACGAAAGUAAUGUGACAGAAAGUUCUGCACUAGUAGCUACUGAUGAUCGUAAUGUUACAAUUUAUUUUGGAAAAACAUAUUCAGUAACAAGUGUACACUUUGUAACAUCAAAACAAGAUGAUAUGCCACACGAGUAUACAUUACAUUUCAGUGGUAUGGAAUCAUUGACGAAAAUAAUUAAUUUUCAAAAUGAUUGUACAUCGACAGCUAGUUCUGAUAAUGAUGGUGCCAAUUUUAAAGAAUAUAAUUGUCCAACUACAGAUUUAGAAAGUUAUACAUUUGAUUAUGUUACGGUGAAUGUAAAAGGUCUUUACAAGUUACAUGUUUAUGGAUUACCAUUCCAUUAUCCUAAAAUUCAAAUACUUCCAUCGAAAGAAGACGAUAAAACAAUAAUGGUUGAUAAAAAUAUGUUACAAAUUAGUUGUAUCGCACAAUCAUGUAACUCAGCACCAAAUGUUUUACUUGAUGCCGAUGAUAGUGAUCGUCGAUCCAGAAGUAGUGAUACAUCAUCAUGUCCUAUGAAUGGUCAUAUUAUACGAUGUGAAUAUCUUAAUCUGUUUCGUUUAUCAACAUCGUCAUCAUCAAAUAAUGAUAAUGAUAAUAAUAAUCAGAAAAUACAGUUAACAAAUCAAGGCAUAAUCAAUACAGAGUUCAGCGAAAUUAUGGCAGAAUUAAAAGUAAUACAAUCUAACGCUGAGAAUUUAGUCGUCACCAUGCCAAGAACUCAUCAAUAUUACAGUCAGUACCAGUGUAGUUGCCAAGCUACCGACAAUAAGAAAUCACAACUUUUCUCGCUAUCUACAAAUCUUAAGCCAACAGAUUUCGAUGAAGAUUUUAUCUUUCAAACAAAUUACACGACAACAUUUGCUGAACAAACAAUUGAAUCACAUGUAGGAUUCAUUGAAUUACCAGAGAAUGAACAUGAAAGUUACUUCAAAUUCAAUAUUAUUGGUUACAGUCUGUUAAAAGAUGUACAAAUUGGUGUGGUAUUUGUAGAAGGUGGACAAGCAGGAAGUAGAACAAAUGCAAAUAUAGAAGAGACAAGUGUACAAGCGUUUCCAGGCAUUAAUGUUGGUUCCGAUCUAUGGUCUAUACCUGUCUAUAAAUAUGAACUACAAGAUGUUUGGCCAGAUUCUGUCGAUAAUAGCGUGAUCUCAGUUACAUGGAGUAUGCCAAAAGCUUUAUCAGCUGCAAAAUCACCAUCUGUGAUUAAAGAUGUUUUUCGGGCAUUGAUUAUUACGUCAAGUGGGGUGAAUACAGUUCGUGCAUGGGUUUGGGAAAGAGAUUCACAUUUAUUAGAUAUUAGAGCUUAUCAUCAAUUAGACGAAAAUAAUGUCGAUAAUCAGUUGAAGAUAUUAACCUUACAACGUUCUGGUUGUUCCUCCAGGGAGACCGAAGAUGAAGUUGUUGCCAGCGUUCAAAUUAAAGACGGACAAUGUAGUACAGAUAAUAAUGACAUUAUUACAUGUACACGUACAAUUCAUGGUCAAAUAAUUCAAUUUAAGUUAAACAAUCCAUCUACAUCGGAUGUUUAUAAAUUAUACAUGAAAUCUGUUGGGGUUGAGGAUAAUGUUGAAUCAGAUUCUAGUAUUGAAUUAGCUACCUCUGGAUCACUUGGUGAAACAGUUAAAGAAGAUAUUAAGGAUGCUGGAUUAAGUUUAACUGUUGAAGGCAUUCAUCAUAAUUAUGAGACACAAGAAACUGAAUUAGAUGUCGCCGUUCAUAUUGCUUCAGAAGUGAUCUCCGACAAUGUUGCUUGUAGACCAACUUAUCUACUUUUAGAAUUUAUUGAACCAAAAAUUGAAACAUUAAAAUCCCGAGUAUCCAGUAAACAAACAAUAUUUCGGAUUAAACUGCCAAGUAAUCAAAAACAAAUAAAUUUAGAAAUGCAAUUGUCAAUUGGUUCAGCGGAUCCUACACAAUCUGAAGCCACUACAAAUCAAUCGAUUUCAUUCAAGAAUCCAUUUUACAUUCCUACUGAUAUUACAGUUGAUGCGGAAAAUCAAUUAAUACAAUGGUUUGGGCUGCCAAUAAUUUUCAGUAGUCUCCUUCAUCAUUAUGAAACUAAAUUGUCUGGUCUUCCAAAAGCAUGUGAACAGGCCAGUGAAUUUAAUUUACCAAUUACACAACAAGAAAUCGAUAAUGGGACAAUUUACAGAGUUAAUUUAAAAAAUAUACCUGAUCCAACUAUCACAAAAAAUGGAUUGGCUAUUGAUUAUACUUUUAAAGUAACACCGGUAUUUAAGGGCAUAGACGGGAAAUCCAUCACAAUGGGAACUUCAUCUGACAUUAAGUUUUCAAUAGGUCGAAUGGGUCAAACUGAUCUUAAAGCGCCUACAUCCGGUCGAUAUUAUUCAUUACAAGUACAAGUUAGACCAAGUCAAAUGCCAAGCUGUCUUAAUUUAGAAACACUGAAUACUCAGUUCACAUUAAGAGUAAUUGGUGAAGUGGAUGAAUAUCCAGAUUAUAUAAAACAGGUGAAUUAUGUACCAGUUACAAUGAAAACAACUGAAACAUUAAGUGAUAAAAGUAAUCAUGUGAAACUAUAUAAAAUUGAAAAUUUACUACCUGGCCGGCGUUAUGAACUUCAAGCGGAAGUUAUUUACGCAGAAGAUUUCAGAGAUAAAAUUUCCGAACCUGUCCGUUUAUGGAUAGAAGAUGAAGUACAUGUACAAACUGAAGAAGUGUUUAUAUCACCAGGUGAACGUGUAGUUAUCAACUGUACUGGAUCGGUUGGACCAAAUGAUACAUCACAAAAAAAUUUAGAAUGGAAGUUAUUUGAUGGUGGUCGUUUACCAGAUGGUAGUCGUUCAUUAAAAACACAAGAAGCACAAUCUGGACCAUUAUGGUAUGCAAUGGAAUCGUUAAUAUUUGAUCCUGUCAAUAAACAACAUGGUGGUGUUUAUGCUUGUUUCAUAAGGCCAUCAAUAUCGGAGCUAAUGAAUAAACCAGCAAUAUUGCAUAAGGUCACUGUGACUGUUAGUGAUUUGGAAAUUAAUAUUAAUUCGAAAAUCGUUGAAUUCGGUGAGAAAAUUAUAAUCACAUGUCGUACAGCUAGUCCUGGACAAUUGGAUUGGAUGCUACCAUCUGGUGAGAAAAUUGAAAUCACGAAUGAAAUGAAAUCAGACGAUGAUAAUGAUGAUCAACCAUACACUAUAAAAGAUGAAAACGACGAUGUAAAAUUGUCAAUUAAAUUAAUUAUACCAAAAGUUAAUUUGAAUAAAGUUGGCAAAUAUACAUGUUUGCACUCACCAUCAAACAAUAAACAAACAUUUAGUUUGAAAAUGAAAGAAGUUAUUAAUUUGAUCAAAUCCCCUGAAAGUUCUGAUAAACCUGGAAAAACUCUCAUCCUUGAUUGUACUGCAAAUUUGGGUGAUUUACAUCAAUCAGUUGUUUGGUAUAAACGACCAAGUUCAAAUUCACCAUGGUUAGAAAUCACUGAAGCAAUACAAACUAUUGAACAUAUUACUAUACAACAAAAGAAUCCUGAAGAAACAUCAUCAUCAGGUGUUUGGUUGUCAGAAUUAAAAGUAAAAAAUUCACCUGGAAUUAUCGGUGAAUUUAUGUGCGCAAUACAAAAUAUUCAGACAGCAAUGAAUAUUGACCGAAUGGAAACUGGCAGUGUAAUGACGAAUGAUUUUUCUAAAAUUACACAUGCAACCAUUAAAAUAUCAUUGAAAUCUGUUUUGAAAAUACUUACUCCAAUAAGAUUGGAAAACGGUCAGAUUAAUGUACAUUGUCAAGGAUAUCCAGCACAUUCUAGAGAUCGCUUACAAUGGGUUUACAUUCCAUUGAAUACUGAUAAUAAUCCAGAUAAAGUUAUUACGAUUGUACAUUCCAAUCCAAAAGAUGAAGAAAAUGAACAUGAAACUGAUGGGAAUACAAAGUCAUUGGAAGGAAAAGAAAUUGAUGAAAUCGUCAGUUUAGCAUUUCAAUUAACUGAUAGUAUACCAGCGACUUGGCCAGGUUCAACUGGACCUCAGCAACUUGUACAAUCAGAACUGAUUGAACAAGAACAUCAACCAAAACAGAUGUAUACUGCAGAACGUUUAAGUUUAACAUUUGAUAGUAAAUAUGCAGAAAAAGUUGCCGGUGGUUUUUUAUCAUGUCGUUACAUAAGACCGAAAGGAAUUCUUCCAAUGGAUUCAGAUGAAGCAGCAGAAUCAAUAACGAAAGUUACCCUUCCUCAAACUAACGACGAUGAUGACGAAAUAAUUGAGAAGAGUGAAAUUCCCAUGAAAGAGUUAUUGGAUGCAAAACAGGGUGAUGACAAUGACAAUUUAUCAAUUUUAAAAAGUUCUCUCGAUGAUGAACCAGAUGACCUACAAUCAGAUGAUAAUAGAAAUAAUACAGAGAAGAAAUCAAUUUCAAUGUUACUCUACAUGAAUCUUGUGGCUUUAUUGAUUAUUUUUAUGCGCAAUUAAAACUUUCCGGCUAAUUUAAAGCCAGAAACAAACGGAAAGAUUUUUUUGAGAAGGAAAUUGAUCACAUCACAGUAGUCAAAUCAUGAACAGUUACUAUUAUUAUUAUUGUUGUUAUGGUUACCAUUAUUAUUACUUUAGCUUCAACGCAUCUUUUCUUUCGGUUUCUUCUCUUAUGUUCCUUUUGAUUGAUUAUUGUUCUCGUUGUCAUUAGUGUUAUUGUGUUUUUUCUUGUAUUCAUUAUUUUACUAAACUGUAUUCUCGACCGCCUCUAUUACUCACUACCAUAUAAAUAUAUACACGAAGAGAACUUAUUUGAGUGUAAGUAGUUGAAUAGAUAUUAGAUAGGCGUCAUUCUUUAUGUCUCUUCUAGUUAUUUUUAGUGGUUCCAGACCGAAUUUAUUUUAUUAAACUAAUCUAUUCAUAGUCUUUAGUUGAAUAUCGAAUUUUAUUGCUUAAACACUCAUUUGUUCCUACUGUUUCAUCCUUUUUUAUUUGAAACUAUCAUCUUGUUUGUGCUACGUCCACUUCUCCUCCCAUACAUACCUCAAAUCUUUGAUAAGAUUAAUAUGCUUAAUCUUGGUUCUUUUUUCGCUGUUUACAUUAGUUGAAUAGAUCCAUUAAAGUUAUAUAUUUUCCAGAAAAAAGAACAAUUUGCUUCCCUUGUAUUAUUAUAAAAUGUCAUUUAACAGUACAAUCUAUAUAGUUGAUUGUGAUUUCUUUCAAUUAAUAUUUAUUUGUUUAUCCAUUCAUUUUAUUUCCUACUGCCCCAUUUUAGCCUAGAAAAUAAUUAGCAUUCCGUGUCAUGAAUAGAGUGUUAUCUUAUUAGACAGAUAGAUAGGUCAGUAAGAUAUAUAUAUAUAUAUAUAUAUAUAUAUAUAUAUAUAUAUAUAUAUAUAUAUAUAUAUCGGUGAGACACCUUUUUGCGCUUGCAUCAUUGCUGUUUGCUUAUUCCACGAAUCAAUUUUUUGUCUAAAAUUUUUCUUACCUAACAUGACGUAUUUAUCUGUUGCUUGUUGUUUAUGUGAAUCAAUAAACAAAAAACAUGAUCCAUGAAAAGAUUAAAUCGUGUCGACUGUCCUUCAUAUUUUUAUCACCAUCAAAUAAUGCUUUAAAUGUUUUUACCAUUGUUAGUCACAUCCUCCCUGUUCAUUAGUGUUCUCGUUUCGACUGCAGUUAAAAAUAUUUGUGCGAAUAUUUACAUACCAGAGCUCAUAAAACCACUACUAUUAUUAUUGUUAUUAUAAUUGUCAUGAUUCUCAGUUAUGCCAUUAAUAAGAAUAAAUAGCCUACACUCUUCUUUUCUGAUCGCUCUUUUGUCGUUAUUUUUAUUAUAAUUACACCUGUUUUGCUAUAUUUUGGAAAUCGGAACACCAAAAGAAUCAUGCAAGAGAAGUACAACUUACCAAUAAAUUAACCUUAUCACCCUUUUAAUUUGUCGCUGGCUAUUUUCUUCCUUUCCAGUGGGUAAUCUUUUUUCUGAUUAAGUCAACGAACGAUGAUGCGUUAAAUCAUUUUGUCAUUUAUUUUUUAUGUGAAUAUAUCCGUUGGCGUAG